ACGCGCCGUCAGAUCAGGUGUGUCUGUGUCACCCAUCUUCUCCCCAUUGUCUUCUGUAUUUCCAUAGCCUCAUCUCUCCUGUUUGCCGGGGUGCUUCCCUUUGCCUGCGAGGUGGUUGCUGCCAUCCUCUGGGCUUGCCAGACCUAUUCCAACGUUCUAUUCGUUGUUGGCUUCACUCUCCUAACCUUCUCCUACCUCCCUGCAGUGGUAGCUCCCGUGAAUGUGCUACUCGGUGGGUCGCAUUGACUUGUUAUUCCCGACGCACUUUCGCUCGACUCUCUGUGUGUGUUCCUGCAAGUAAAGCAAGAAACAGUAAUUCCGUUUGUGGGAAAGGUUGCAUGUUUAAGUUGUUGAUCGUGAUUAUGACGGCGGGGCACUGAGCGGCAUGCACGAGCGAGGAAUUGCGUUAGUGAGGGGCCGAAUGUGUGUCGCAUUUUGUGACGAAGAACUGCGUGGCAGGAGUUGGGACGGUGAUCGGUGUAGCAAGUGACGUGGAAAACGGGAAGCGCACGUGGAAGAGGACGAUAGGGCGAGGUGCAGGAUUCUCCCUUCCCGGAAGAGGACGAUAGGGCGAGGUGCAGGAUUCUCCCUUCUCGCUUUAUAUGGUGACCGCCGAAUGCUCGUGUUCCGUCUCCCUCUCCCUAGUUGCGUGCACAUGCAUGCUGUCGUAUCCUCCAGCUCACAACAUAUAGUGUGUGUGUGUCUUGCCUAUUUUCCUCCCUUCUGUUUAGCGGGCUGCUACUUAGGGAUUUUGUUCAAUGUCAGAUAGAUAGGUACAAGGGAAGAGAGAGAGAGAGAGAGAGAGAGAGAGAGAGAGAGAGAGAGAGAGAGAGGCGGGGGAGCAAUGCGCGGUUAAGGCGGUGACGAAGAGGGGGGGGAGAGGGCGGCGGGCGACGGGGCGGAAUGCCGGGUUGGGGCUAGGACGAGGAUCCUAUUCUAGUCGGUAGGGGAAAGGUGAGUGGAGAAGUCGUGGGGAAAGUGGAGGGCGCGAGGAAUCGUCUGCACGGGGUAGAUAUCGCAGUGUACGUUAGUGGAAGCGCGGGAGAACUGGGUGGCGGCGGGUCAAGAUGUCGUGUGUUUAUGUCGGGAACCUGGAUCAUCGAGUAACAGAGAGAGAGUUAGAGGACGAGUUCAGAAGGUUUGGGGUUCUGAGAAGCGUUUGGGUGGCCAGAAAACCGCCGGGGUUCGCGUUCAUAGAGUUUGACGAUCCUCGGGAUGCUGAUGACGCCAUUCGAGCAUUGGACAACAAGAAUGGAUGGAGAGUGGAGUUGUCGAGGAGCUCAGGAGGGAGAGGGCCUAGAGGACGUGGGAGGGAUGGUAUGGGAUGUUACGAGUGUGGAGAAAGGGGGCAUUUCGCGCGGGAAUGCAGGUUGAGAAUUGAGCGAGGACCAGGAGCAGGUGCGGGAGGCGGCCGGAGUCGUAGCCCUAGAUAUCGACGCAGUCCUAGUUAUGGUGGUGGUGGCCGACGGCGGCGGUCUCGUAGUCCGAGCUAUGGCCCUUACGGCGGUGGUCCUGCACCCAUUGGCAGUGGAGGAGGACAGCCGUUUGGGGGUGGAGUGGGCGCAAUGAGAGGUCGCAGCCCUCCCCGCCGAAGUGGUAGUCCUCCUUUCUCCGGUGGAGGCAUCAGAAGGUACGGGGGCCGGAGCCCGAGUCCCUUGAGAGGACGUGGCGGAAGGGGGGGGGUUGGAUUCGGUGGUGGGCGAGGCGAUGGGGAUCUCAAGGGCCGCAGUCCCAGUUUCGAUAAGCGACGACUCAGCCCUAGCCCUGCGUAUGGAAAGAGGAGGAGAUACAGCCGUAGUCCCAGUCCUGGAAGAGCUCGCAGCAGAAGUCGCAGCCCGCCGCCCGUGCGCGUAGAUCUUCCACGUGGCGAAUUCAAUAAUGGAAAUGGGUUUGAGAAGUCAACACGUAGCCCCCGGCGCAACAGCCGCAGCCCAUGGAGGAGAAGCCCCUCCCCUGUCCCUCGCCGCAAUAGGAGCUUCAGUCGUUCUCCUCCGCUUUUGGGUGGAGACCGACGACGGAGUCCCAGCCCUGGCGUUUGAACUUUGCUUACCUUGAUUCGACAUUGACUUUGACUUCGACUUGACGAUGCUCGCCUACACAGACCCUCACUUCCUACUCUUGCCUGCCUUGUUCGCGAUCACGUCUUUUUCCCCUUUAUCUCACUCGCACACUAUUAAACCCCUCAUAUCCGCUGCGGCUGUCAGAUAACGCGUUUCUUCUUGUUCUGCGAGCUUCUGUCGCUGGUCUCUUCCUCUUACUCCUCCCUCCGCCGCCCUUCCAUCGGCACUUGAGAUUGGUCCAACCCCCCCCCUCCCUCCCCGCCCUGUCUUCCUCCGGUCCCACUCCGCUAGCAGCGGGAAAUCGUCGAGAAGCUCGUCUACUCUCUCACCCAUUCCCAGUUUCCCAAGCCUCCCACCUCUUUGCGCGUCCCCGUGCUGUUUGCUUCGGUACUCUGAUCAAUAGAAAGCUUUCUCUGGUGCCAUGCCCGUGCACUCAUUCCUCGAAAAGCGAACUAGAGAGAGAGGCUGCCUGCUUGUUUCGUUGGCGAGUGGCCGGCUUCCCAGAGAGAAGGUACAUCAAGAUGUAAUGUGAUAGAGAGCAGAAGAAGAGGAAAUGUACUCCGAAGAGGAGAGAUAGAGAGCGUGCUGCAGAAUGAAGCAGAGAGGGUGCA